AUGCUUCUUGGCUUAGUAAGCUUUAUGAUCUCACCUAUAACGGUUACGGCCGUCGCUCCAAGGUGCACUGAAUUCCCUUAUGUGUCCCUAUUAGAAGACAUCAAAAGUCGUAUCGGUAACGAUAUAGAUCAGCUUUGGGACAGACAAGGAAAAAAUGCCAGCGAUAAACCAGAAUACAAUUGCACACUGCAGCCAUAUGGUUUGACUUCAAAAGGCUAUACAGGAAAUCCUUACUACCUAAGAACUAUUAGUCCCGUUGACCCAGAUCCAAAGUAUGCGAAAGUUGUUGCUGAUAGGAUAUUUGAAUGGAUACUGCUAGGAACAGUUAAAGCACAUGCUUCUUGGGGAUGCAACAUAACACUUUCCGGUCGUGAGCCCAAAGUCGCAUGUAUUCUCGUAUACGAUAAUGUGGCCAUCACGACAAUGGGCAAAGGCGAUCUUUAA